UUUUGAAGAAGCAAGGAAGGAAAACUUUGGAAUUGCAUUCUUCCUCUUUCCCAUUAAUUCCAUCAAGGAGGUUUUCCCUUUCCAGGGACAGAGAGUUGAAAGGGUGUUUGGGCUUCUGUUUUUACUUCCUUUGUGUCUCUUUCCUCCUUCCACAGAAACACAAUGGCCAAACGGAUUGUCGAGUCUAUUCAGUAUGGAGGAAUCACAUUUCCCAGCAUCAUGCACAGUGAAGAGAGCAUUCGCUAUGCUCACCGGAGUUUUCAAGUGCGGGAUAGUGAUGUCUUCAAUGUUACGUACCCCAAAUCUGGAACAACUUGGAUGCAAGAAAUUCUUACUUUAAUUUAUAGCAAUGGAGAUCCCACAUUCUCACAGUCAACCCCUUGUUGGGAACGAGUGCCCUGGGUUGAACACAAUUCAGCAAAGCAAUACUUGGAGAAUCGACCCUCCCCGCGUCUCAUUACCUCUCAUUUGCCUGCAACAAUCUUUCCAGAAAAGUUCUUCACUUCACAAGCUAAGGCUAUUUACACUGUCCGUGACCCCAAGGACGUCUGUGUAUCGCUCUAUCAUUAUGCCAAGAUGAGUUCAUUUCUGGAGUAUAGAGAAGAUUUUGGAGAAUUCAUUGAGCUGUUUUCAACAGGAAAAAUUCUCUUUGGUACCUGGUUUGAUCAUGUUAAAAGUUGGCUGGCCUACAAGAAUGAGAAAAAGUUUCUCCUUCUGGUCUAUGAUGAAUUGCUAAAGGAUCUACGUGGCAGUGUUCUUCGCAUUUGUGAAUUCCUAGGCAAGAAUUUGGAUUCUACUAUGGUUGACUCAGUGGUGGAAAAUGCUUCUUUUGGGGUGAUGAAGAACAACAAGAUGGUGAAUUACACUCUGGUUCCUGAAAAUGUGCUGGAUCAAAAGAUCAGCCCUUUCUUCAGGAAAGGGGUUUCUGGGGACUGGAAAACUCACUUUACUGAAGAGCAGAGCGCUGCUUUCUACCAGCUCUACCAGGAAAAUAUGAAUGGACUAGAGACCAAAUUUCCAUGGGAUGAAUUCAAUGUUGAAAAACAUCAGGAAACUUGAGAUUUUGGAGGGGAGGGGAGACUGCUGUGAUCCAAAAAUGCCAAACAUGAAUUAAAAUAUUUCAUUCAAAAUAGGUAGUCCUCAGAUUAUGACUGCGAUCUUGAUCAGGAUUGCUGUCACUAAAAAAAUACAAUCAUAAAGCACGACAUCACACAACCACAUCACUUAGUGACAGCAAUCCAGACCUAGUUGUUGUUGUAGCCCAAGAUAUGCAAGUUAUUAUGUGUGAGCAGAACACGUCCCAUGGAAGGAAUGAGCAGAUGCCACGGGGGUAGGGGUGGGAGGGAGAGGCCCUGAAAGACCUGAUGCAGGCCGUGUGGGUGUGGUGGGUGCAGGCAUCGUGUGGGGG